GUCCUGCCCUGUCCUGCGGGCGCGAUGGAGCGCGCGGUGGGGCCGUUCCGUGGUGCCUCUCCGGCUCCGGUUCUCCAAAGCGAAGCCCCGGGGCCCCCGCUGGACUGUGGCGUGCGGGCUGGGGAUGCGGGCGCCGAGCCCCAAGCGCCGCGCGAGGAUUGUACCCCGGCUUCGCCGCCGCCGUGCCCGGGCGGCGCGUUCCUGCCUGUCACCCCCCAGCCAGAGGAGCGGCGCGCCCGCGGGGCUGGGCCCCCGAGUGCCAGCUCCGCGCCGGCCGUGCCUGGACUGCCCCGGGACUCUGCCGGGUGGAUGGUGUGCGUAGCCGGAGCCAAGUUGAAGAGAGAACUGGAUGCCACCGCAACGGUGUUGGCCAACCGGCAAGAUGAAAGCGAACAGUCAAGAAAACGGCUCAUCGAGCAGAGCCGUGAGUUCAAGAAGAACACUCCAGAGGAUCUGCGCAAGCAGGUAGCACCGCUGCUGAAGAGCUUCCAGGGAGAGAUUGACGCGCUGAGUAAGAGGAGCAAAGAAGCGGAGGCAGCCUUCCUGAAUGUCUACAAGAGACUGAUCGAUGUUCCAGAUCCCGUGCCAGCUCUGGACCUCGGGCAGCAGCUCCAGCUCAAAGUACAGCGCCUGCACGAUAUUGAAACGGAGAACCAGAAGCUUAGGGAAACGCUGGAGGAGUACAACAAGGAAUUCGCCGAAGUGAAAAAUCAAGAGGUUACGAUCAAAGCGCUCAAAGAGAAAAUCCGAGACUACGAGCAGACCCUGAAGAACCAGGCCGAGGUCAUCGCUCUGGAGAAGGAGCAGAAGUUACAAAAUGAUUUCGCAGAAAAGGAGAGAAAGCUGCAGGAGACGCAGAUGUCAACCACGUCGAAGCUGGAGGAAGCGGAACAUAAAGUUCACACUCUGCAAACAGCCCUGGAAAAAACUCGAACAGAAUUAUUUGACCUGAAAACCAAAUACGAUGAAGAAACCACCGCAAAGGCCGACGAGAUCGAAAUGAUCAUGACUGACCUUGAAAGAGCCAACCAGAGGGCAGAGGUGGCUCAGAGAGAGGCGGAGACCCUGCGGGAGCAGCUCUCGUCGGCCAACCACUCUCUCCAACUGGCCUCGCAGAUCCAGAAGGCGCCAGACGUGGAGCAGGCCAUAGAGGUGCUGACGCGCUCCAGCCUGGAAGUUGAGUUGGCCGCCAAGGAGCGGGAGACGGCCCAGCUGGCAGAGGACGUGCAGAGACUCCAGGCCAGCCUCACCAAGCUGCGCGAGAACUCGGCCAGCCAGAUCUCCCAGCUCGAGCAGCAACUGAGCGCCAAGAACAGCACACUCAAACAACUGGAAGAAAAACUCAAAGGCCAGGCUGACUAUGAAGAAGUGAAGAAAGAGCUGAACAUCUUGAAGUCCAUGGAGUUUGCGCCCUCGGAGGGAGCCGGGACCCAGGACUCGGCCAAGCCCCUGGAGGUGCUGCUACUGGAGAAGAACCGGUCGCUGCAGUCGGAGAACGCCGCCCUGCGCAGCUCCAACAGCGACCUCAGCGGGUCAGCCAGGAGGAAAGGGAAAGACCAGACUGAGAGUCGGCGCCCGGGACCUUUGCCGGCCUCCCCUCCUUCCCAGCUGCCCCGCAACCCGGGGGAGCAGGCUUCCAAUACUAACGGUACACACCAGUUCUCACCAGCGGGGUUAAGUCAAGACUUUUACAGCUCAUCCCUGGCGAGCCCCAGCCUACCCCUGGCUUCGACAGGAAAGUUUGCACUAAACUCUCUCCUCCAGCGACAGCUAAUGCAGUCCUUCUACUCCAAGGCCAUGCAGGAAGCAGGAAGCACAAGCGUGAUUUUCCCAACAGGUCCAUACAGCACAAACUCCAUAUCUUCCCCAAGUCCGUUACAGCCAAGCCCAGACGUGAACGGCAUGGCCCCGUCCCCCAGCCAGUCAGAAAGUGCUGGCAGCGCCUCCGAGGGCGAGGAGAUAGACACUGCAGAGAUCGCCCGGCAGGUCAAAGAGCAGCUCAUCAAGCACAAUAUCGGACAGCGCAUUUUCGGCCAUUACGUCCUGGGACUGUCGCAGGGCUCCGUGAGCGAGAUCCUGGCCCGGCCCAAGCCCUGGAAUAAGCUGACCGUGCGCGGCAAGGAGCCGUUCCACAAGAUGAAGCAGUUCCUCUCGGACGAGCAGAACAUCUUGGCUCUCCGCAGCAUCCAAGGCAGGCAGAGAGAGAAUCCAGGCCAGAGCCUGAACAGACUAUUUCAGGAAGUACCGAAACGAAGAAAUGGGUCCGAAGGGAACAUCACCACCCGGAUCCGAGCCUCGGAGACUGGUUCCGACGAAGCCAUCAAGUCCAUCCUGGAACAGGCCAAGCGGGAGCUGCAGGUGCAGAAAACUGCGGAGCCGCCCCCGCCGUCCUCGGCGCCCAGCAGCGGGAACUCGGACGACGCCAUCCGCUCCAUCCUGCAGCAGGCCCGCCGGGAGAUGGAGGCCCAGCAGGCCGCCCUGGAGCCCCCCGUGAAGCCCGCCCCGCUGCCGCAGCCCGACCUCGCCCUGCUCACCCCCAAGCUGCUGUCUGCCUCCCCCAUGGCGGCCGCAUCCAGUUACGCUCCUCUCGCCAUCUCCCUGAAGAAGCCUCCAGCGGCCCCCGAGGCCGGCGCCUCGGCUCUGCCCAACCCCCCGACCCUCAAGAAGGAGGCCCAGGAGGGCCCCGGGCUGGACCCCCAGGGAGCAGCGGACGCCGGCCAGGGGGUCCUGCGGCACAUGAAGAGCGGGGCCUGGAAGGACCACUGGUGGGGUGCCGUGCAGCCCGAGCGCCGGACCCCCGCCUCCGCCGAGGACACCAAGGCCGAGGAAGCUGGCGGCGGGGGCGGGAAGGAAAAGACGGGCGGCAGCCAGCCGCGGAGCGAGCGCUGCCACCCGCAGGGACCCCCAUCCUCGGAGUACUGGAAGGAGUGGCCCAGCGCUGAGUCGCCCUACUCACAGAGCUCGGAGCUGAGCGUGACCGGGGCCAGCCGCAGCGAGACACCCCAGAACAGCCCCCUGCCUUCCUCCCCACUCGUGCCCAUGGCCAAGCCCGCCAAGCCCUCGGUGCCGCCGCUGACCCCCGAGCAGUACGAGAUCUACAUGUACCAGGAGGUGGACACCAUCGAGCUCACCCGACAGGUGAAGGAGAAGUUGGCCAAGAACGGCAUCUGUCAGCGCAUCUUCGGGGAGAAGGUGCUGGGCCUGUCCCAGGGCAGCGUCAGUGACAUGCUGUCCCGGCCGAAGCCAUGGAGCAAGCUGACCCAGAAAGGCCGAGAACCCUUCAUCCGCAUGCAGCUCUGGCUGAACGGCGAACUGGGCCAGGGCGUCCUGCCCGUCCAGGGGCAGCAGCAAGGGCCAGUCCUCCAUCCGGUGCCGCCACUCCAGGACCCCCUGCAGCAGGGCUGCGUGAGCUCAGAGAGCACCCCAAAGACCUCCGCCAGCUGCAGCCCUGCCCCCGAGUCCCCAAUGAGCUCCAGCGACUCUGUGAAGAGCCUGACCGAGCUGGUCCAGCAGCCCUGCCCCGUCAUCGACACGAGCAAGGACGGCAAACCGCCCGAAGCCAGCGACGCCCCAGCCUCCGACUCCCAGCCCAGCACCCCGCUGCCUCUCUCCGGACACUCGGCCCUCAGCAUCCAGGAGCUGGUGGCCAUGUCUCCCGAACUGGACACCUAUGGCAUCACCAAGAGGGUCAAGGAGGUGUUGACGGACAACAACCUAGGUCAGCGCCUGUUUGGGGAGACCAUCCUGGGACUCACCCAGGGCUCCGUGUCCGACCUCCUCGCCCGGCCGAAGCCCUGGCACAAGCUCAGCCUGAAGGGCCGGGAGCCUUUUGUGCGCAUGCAGCUUUGGCUCAAUGACCCCAACAACGUGGAGAAGCUGAUGGACAUGAAGCGGAUGGAGAAGAAAGCCUACAUGAAGCGGCGGCACAGCUCGGUCAGCGACAGCCAGCCCUGUGAGCCGCCCUCGGUGGGCGUCGACUACAGCCAGGGCGCCAGCCCCCAGCCUCAGCACCAGCUGAAGAAGCCGCGCGUGGUGCUCGCCCCCGAGGAGAAGGAAGCGUUGAAGCGAGCCUACCAGCAAAAGCCAUACCCGUCACCAAAAACCAUCGAAGAGCUCGCCACCCAGCUCAACUUGAAAACCAGCACUGUCAUUAACUGGUUCCACAACUACAGGUCUCGGAUCCGCAGAGAACUGUUCAUCGAGGAGAUCCAGGCCGGGAGCCAGGGCCAGGCAGGCGCCAGCGACUCGCCGUCGGCCCGAAGCGGCCGCGCCGCGCCCAGCUCGGAGGGCGACAGCUGCGACGGCGUGGAGGCCGCCGAGGGCCCGGGCGCCGCCGACGAGGAGCCGGGCGGCCCCGCGGCCGCCGCCAAGUCUCAGGGAGGGCCGGCCGAGGCGGCCGCGGCCCCGGCCGAGCGGGAAGAGGCGCCGCGGCCCGCGGAGAAGACGGAGCCGCCGCCCGCGGGGCCCGCGGGCCCGGACGACGCCCAGGACGCGGGCCGGCCCAGGCCGCCGCCCGAGGGCCCGGCGGACGGCCCGCGGCCCGUGCCAAACCCCGCCGCCGCGGCCGGGGAGGACGCCGCUACCUCAGCCGCGCGGCCCGCCGACGGGAGUUCCGCGUUGCCAAGCACCAGCGCGCCGGCCGCCCGCAGGCCCAGCUCGCUGCAGAGCCUCUUCGGCCUCCCGGAGGCGGCGGGCGCCAGGGACUCGCGAGACAACCCCUUGAGGAAGAAGAAGGCCGCGAACUUGAACAGCAUAAUCCACCGCCUGGAGAAGGCCGCCAGCCGGGAGGAGCCCAUCGAAUGGGAGUUCUGA